AACAGAUACCGGUCGACGUUCAAUGCGCAUGUGCGUAACUCAGUCAGAUGUCAACAUUGUUGAAAUUAACAACGAGAUGAAAAUAAUGUAAAACAAGUGAAAUAUCGAAAAUGAUAAGUCAAAGUGAAGCGGAUGAAAUUUCAUUCAAAAAUGCUCUUCCGGGAGAUUUAAAAGACAGGAAGUUGGCAAAAGCCAGUAAAAGUCUCCGACAGACAUUGAUACAAGAGAACCCAGGCUCUGAUGAAGCACGAACUUCUGCAGCGAUAGAAAUCCAAAGGGCAUACCGAGGAUACUCAACAAGGUGUAACAUAUAUGGAACAUUGAACCCCAAAGUCAGUAAGACAGCAGUGUUCAGUAAAAGUCAGGACGAUGAGGCACGGAUCCAGGAAGUGGCUGCUGAACAGAUACUGGAUUAUAACCCAGCUUCUGAACAAGAUGAAAUCAGGAUUAUCUACGAAGAAUAUCUCAUAACUUACGAUAAUCCAGAUGAAGUGCCCUUGUGCUAUGAUGAGUUUGCUGAGCGAUACAUGGAAGCCUUGAGAGAGAGCCAACAGUCCAUAGAUACCCCUGUCCCCAUCCAGCCCCCGCCCCCAAAAACCAGACCUCGGCUCACCGAGAGACAGGCUGCAAGUAUCAUACAGAGAGCAUGGCGACGUCACAUAGACAUACAAGUGUAUAGGUACUACCGGGAUCUGAUCAACUUCAAGACGAGAGGAAACCCAGCUCUGAUGCUGAAGUGUAUUAAUCCAAAUGAGGCAAAAUUCCUGGAUGCAGCUUCAGGGGUCCAUGUUAAAUUCAGAUUGGCAGGAGAGAGAUUUCCUCCAAACAUAUACUACAAGAUCUUCACCCACAGACCGGUCCAGGAUAUGUGUGCCAACAGUCCUAAAGAUUACACUCAGCCUGCAGUCAAGCUACAGAUAGGGAAAGAUAAACACAGCCAAGUCAGGUCACAGGGGUUUGAGCAUGAUCAGAAUGGAUGGUACAAGAGGAUAGAAAACAAUGGCUGGAGGCUGGUGUCCGACCGUCUGGUUCAACAUCUGACAGACCCCAUUACCUGGGAGACAAGCAAUAAGAAGUACCAGCAUUCCCACGACAAGCUUCAAAGAAUACAGGAUGUUGAAAAAAGAAAGAAGAAAAGGAAGAUUGAAUGGAUGCAAAAAAUGUACCAGGAGGGAAUGCUGAAGGCGAAAUCUGAUGAUCCUGAGACCAUGAACCUGAUUGAGGGCGCAGCCGCUGGUAUGAUGGCCACAGUGGAAAAAAUGGGGCCGAACGCCCUCGAGGACUGGGAGGUGGAUGAACUCCUGGACUGGACGACGAGUCUUAACUUUGAUGAGUAUCUUAAUAAUUGGAAGGACGUUGCUACGAGUGCAUAUUCAGAAAAACAAGUCGCUAUGAAGAAACGCAAAGAUGAUCGUAUACGCCUGAUGAACGGAACAGUCGACCCCUACGAAUUCUCUAUCUCCACCGGUCCGUCUCGCUACCAAUCUACCCAGCGAUCCCGGAACACACCCGCCUCUAGCAUGUCCGGGCAACUCCCCAUCAAAUAGGGGGAAGGAUGUUAAAGAGUUAGAUUGUCCGGAGACACAGACACUGAACAGUGUAUAAUGCAGAUUUAUGGACUAUUUGUCAAGGACUUCUUUUGAUCAAACCUUGUACUCUAAAUGAAAUGUUAUAAAUGUACAGCAUUUAUUUCAAAGAUAAUGUUUUGUCUCUGUUGAUUCAGAGUGUGUUUAAUUUUAUACGAGAUCAUGUGUGAAAUCGGUGUUUUACCGACUGUGCUAUUAGAUGUGAACUUUACAAACAAUAUUCACAUGCAAGUCUGUGAACAUUUGCCUUACAUACAUUUUUUUAUGUAUUAAACUUGUUUUGUUUUAUUAAAUAUUUAACAGUAUG